GUUUCCCUCGCAGCCGAAGUGCCCUGUGGAUUAUGCCACAUAAUCACAACAUUGAUAUCACAUUUAAAUACAUUUAAGCCCCCAUCUAUAAACCAGCUCUUGGGACAGGCCUUGUGGCCAUGGCGAAAGACCCGUUGGGUGAAGCUGGCCUUCAUUUUGAUGAACUCAACAAGCUGCGGGUGCUGGAGCCAGAGGUGGGCCAGAAGACCACGGAGCUCAAGGAGGAGUGCAAAGACUUUGUUGACAAAAUCGGCCAGUUUCAGAAGGUAGUGGGUGGUCUCAUCGAGCUGGUGGAUGAAUUGGCAAAAGAGGCAGAGACAGAAAAGAUGAAGGCUAUUGGAGCCAGGAACCUGUUGAAGUCUGUGGCCAAGCAGAGGGAGGCCCAGCAACAGCAGCUCCAUGCCCUGAUAGCAGAGAAGACGAUGCAGCUGGAGAGGUAUCGCAUCGAGUAUGAAGCUCUCUCCAAAGUGGAGGCUGAGCAGAAUGAGUUCAUUGAACAGUUCAUUCUGCAGAAAUAAGGGGUGCGUCGAAGGCCCGAAAUGUGUGCGUGUCUGUGUGUGUCUGUGUGUGUUUGUGACCAUGUUUCCAGGGUGCCUGAAUUGUUUUCUAUGGGUGAUAUCCACUACGCUAUGGGUUAACGGGAAUCGCUCAUCUGAACACAACCUCUCUUACGACCUCACAAGCAAUCCAAAACUGCUCCAACUAAAACACAGGUGUUACCGUGACAGCAACAGACAGACCACAUGCAAAGUUAAAGUAGCUUCUCACUCUUAGGCUUCUAGAACACCAUAACAUGUUCCUCACUAGCAGGUGACAACCAUCCUCCCCCAGUUAUCCAUUUUUAGCAUUUAAGUGUUGAAUGCUUGAAAUAUAAUUAAAACCUGAGGCUCUAUAGGCGUCACGCCUUUUCACAACACUACAGAAUAUCAGACAAGCAAAUGGGGAAGAAAGCUAUUUAUAUAUACCAAGGAAUGUAUUUAUACUAUUUAAUACCGAAUAAUUACUCUGUAUAGAUAGUUUUAUUACCUUUUCUACAAGUAGAAAACAAAGUACAGUAUGUGCAUGUUACUGUAAAUAAUUUCAUGAUUUCCCCCCCCCCCAAUUUUUUUAGUUUUUUGCUGUGUGUCGUCUGUUUACAUCUGAGGUAGGAAUAUGUUCAUGGUUUUAUAAUUUCACCAUUGUCUGUGGGACCACACCAAAACAUUUACCCUCAGGUGGCUUAUUGGAAUUUCAGGCCAGUGUAUAAAUAAACAGUAAAGUACAUUUGAAAGGUAUAUUAAUUAUUUUAUGUUUACAGUAUAUAUCAAGAAAUUAUCAAAUGUUCUCAUACUCUGCAUUCAUCUUAUCCAUGUUAAAAGUUAGUAAACCAGCUUAGUGGACCAACUUCAUCAAAAGAUGAGGUAUACUUGAAUAAAAAGGAUUUGCACAUA